UGUCAGGCGGACAGUUUUGGUAGAAGAUCUCUUCUUUCUGCAGCCUAUGUGGAUAGCUCAAAAUGGGAAAAGAGACAAAAAGAGGAGCAUAACCUGGCUGACUUGGCCCACUUAAUGGACAGAACCUAUGAAAGAAAGCUGCCUGUCAGCUCUUUGACAAUAGCCCGGUUUGUUGACAACAUUUCUUCACGAGAAGAAGUGGAUCAAGCUGAAUACUACCUUUACAAGUUUCGUCAUAGUCCAAAUUGCUGGUACUUGAGAGACUGGACCAUCCACAGCUGGAUCAGACAGUGUUUGAAAUAUGGUGCUCAAGACAAAGCCUUAUACACAUUAAAAAACAAAGUUCAGUAUGGAAUUUUUCCAGAUAAUUUUACAUUCAAUAUUUUGUUGGAUUAUUUUAUAAAGCAGAAGAAAUAUGAAGAUGCUAUGUCAGUAGUAACGGAGAUCAUGCUCCAAGAAAGUUUUGAUGAAUUAUCAACACAGCUUCUUUCUCUCUAUGUUUUAUACCAGUAUCUGGCAACCAAGUCUGAUCAUGCGUGGGAAGAGGAGAGAAAUCUUGGAGCAUCACUAGUGCUUGCAAGUCUAAAGCAAAAUAGCACUGUGGGUUUCAGCUCCCAGCUGUAUGGCUAUGCAUUCCUUGGAAAAGUGGAAUUGAAUAAGGGACUAAGAGCUGUAUACAAUCUAAUGCCACUGAUGUGGACACCUGGAUAUUUGAAUAGAGCCUUGCAAGUGAUGGAGAUUGUGGCUUCAUUGUCAGGAGACAGUAAAAUCUGCAAAGAAGCUAUUGAUGCCCUGGAGACCAUUUUACAGUCUGUCCUUGAAGCCAAACCUGGUCCAGAUUCUGCUGAAGAAGUCAAGGGAUUAGAGCAGAAGUCACAGAGUGCAGAAUCAGAAGAAACAGAGCAAUCUAAAGCACCUGAGUACUACAGUCGAUUCAAAUUCCAGGAGCAGUACUCAUCUCAUAGCCCAUCAGUUUCCCUUGCUGCUGUCACCUGGACGGCUGUGACCUUGCACAGUUGUUCUGGAUACAGACUGUUCUGAAGAAAUUUCAGAAGUUAAAAGACAAGUAUCCUAUGGUUUCACUUCACACACACAGACUUUUCCUUUCUUUAAUUUUUAUUUACACAACUUUGCCACUAAUCUUUAGAUAUUAAACUUGCUUUGUAGGCAGUUAGAACUUUUUAAUUAAAGUAUUUGGAAAUCAGUGAGUGUUCAGCAUGUGGUAAUUAAUGCCUGGAUGAAUUGCAGUGAAUUAGGUAAACACAAGUGCCCUUUGAAAGAGGGAGUGAGACAUUUUUAUGUGUCUCUCAUUGCCUAUCCAUUGUCUAGCCUUGAAGAAAAUAAUGCAGAGUGCUCGAAACAAGGCCUAAAUAUCAAAUUGGGGACAGGCAAUUGGGGACAGAGGGUAGUUUUAUUCUCACCUCAACCUUUCCACAAGUUCCAUAAUU